AUGCCCCUCGCCCAGCGAACUGCGACGAUCUCGCGCGUCACCAAUGAGACCAAGAUCCAAGUCUCUCUCUCCCUAGACGGAGGCGUGCUCCCUCCCUACGAUGCGAACGAACAUUUCCCCACGCCCGAAGACCCCAAGGAAGCCGAGGCCGCGAAGCACGGAAUCGUGCCUCCCAAGGAUGCGGGGCAUGCCACCCAGUUCACCGCCACGCAGCAGAUCACCGUGAGCACGGGAAUCGGGUUCCUGGACCACAUGCUACAUGCGCUGGCGAAGCACUCGGGGAUGAGUCUGGCCGUCCGGGCCAAGGGUGAUCUGUACAUUGAUGACCACCACACCACCGAAGACACCUUCCUUGCCGUCGGCGAGGCCUUUACGAAGGCGCUCGGCGCCCGCCAAUCGCUCGCCCGCUUCGGUCGCGGCGACGCGCCGCUCGACGAGGCGCUGUCGUGGGCGGUGAUCGACCUGUCCAGCCGCCCGUGGGCCGUCAUCAACAUUGGCUUCCGGCGCGAGAAGAUCGGAGACCUCAGCACGGAGAUGAUCACCCACGGACUGCAGAGUUUCGCGCAGGCUGCCGGCGUCACGCUGCACGUGGGCUGCACGUACGGCGACAACGACCACCACCGCGCCGAGAGUGCCUUCAAGGCUCUGGCGGUGGCCAUCCGCAUGGCUUGUGCUCGACGAGUGGCCGGCGAAGUUGGAGCGGGCGAUGUGGUCAGCACCAAGGGGGUGUUGUAA